AUGAAAUGCUGUCAUAGGUUAACAAUGACACUGGUUUGUGUCUUGAUAUUCACUUGUCUAUGCUAUCGAAUUAUUGACUAUUUCAAUCGAUAUGAAAUGAUGAAGUCAUUAUUUGUGUAUAAUAAAUAUUAUAUGCCUGAAAAAUCAAUUGGUUUGCAUAAUAAUCGUAGUGAGAAUUUCAAAUCAACUUCAAAGUCGGUGAAUAAAGAACUCAAGAAAUUAAACUGGUUUACUAUAACAUUGUGCAAUUUAAAUCCUAUGAGAGGAAGUGCACUGUUCACUGUACAGAAUGGUUCGCAAAUUUAUGAUAUGGUGUCACGAGGACGUCAAAAUGAAAUUGACUUCAAUGUAGAAACUGUAAGACAGGCGAGUAGACUCAACCGUAUCUCUAUAGAAUUACUCAAACAAACUGGACAUAAGUUGACUGACAUGCUGAAGUACUGCCACACUGGAAAUGAACGAUGUACAUUUCAGAAUUUCACAUCUGUCCUAACAACUUAUGGACAGUGUUAUCGUAUGAAACUUGAACGAUCAGUACAUGAAGUUAGCUUUGUAUUGGACUCACAAGACUACGAUUAUAUAAUACCUCAUCGUGGUUUGGUUGGCUUUCGUUUAUGGAUACAUGCCAGUGAAAAGCAGGCUUACAAUAUGCUUGACUUGAAAAAUGAUCCACGGCAAACUGUAGAUAAUGACAGAGGAUUUCAACUUUACUUGCAACAACAAACUGGUAUACAAUCAAAUGAAAUUAUUGUCAGCACAGAAUUUCAAACUCUAAUACGUGUAGCUUUAGACAUGAAUGUUCGUUUAAUGCAGAACAACUUGCGACACUUAUGUUCAACAAGAGCUGAGUCUGUUGGUUGUGAAAAUGAUGAAAGGGAUGGAGAACCACACAAAGAUUCUAUAGGAGAAACUAUUUGGUUAUCCAGCAAUAAUUAUCAAGACUUAUGGAAUGCACGAAUUGUAUCUGCAACACAGUCUUCAAAAGCAAGCAUGAUGUAUAGUUUAUUAUCAUUACGUAAUCCAAACUUGUUUGUUCGAAAUAAAAUCGACCUAGAACGUGGUUUAAGGAUUCAGCAACGCGCUUAUAUUCAGCUGGUCAACGAAACAGCCUUCAAUGAGUUGAGAAAUCUUGUAUCAAGUUAUGAAGAUUUACGAAACCAACUGGGAAGUAUUAAACAGUUAUUACACGAAAUAGAAAUCGGAUUUUGGCGAGAUCAAAGAGAAGCUUUACAGAUGACACAUACAGAUAUAACCUGUUCAAAGAUGGUCAUCAGAUACUUUGAAACUCUCAUCAAUAUAACACGAACGUUUCAAGAUGAUUUAUGUGGAUUACCUUUACUUGAUGCAUUUUAUACAACCAGUUUAUUUGAUUGCCACAAUUAUACUCAACCAACUUACUCUUCGUCAUCAAUAAAUGAUUAUCGUGGACAAGUGAAUAUAACUAGUGUAUAUCAAUUCCCAUCUCAUGCACAUUUAUCUUCAUGGCUUCAGGUUAAUUAUCCACAUAGAAGUAAUCGCACACUAUUACUUCAUGAUCAAAUAAAUAAUAUUGAUAAAAAUGUUUAUGAUAUGAUAAAUAAUCCCGCACUUCUUGAACUACAGGUUAUACAAUUAUUUUUCUCAAACGCAACAAACAGUUCAAAAUUAAAAGAUAUUUUAAGAAAAUACUUGAAAUUAUUAUCAGCUAAACGUAUGCAAAUGACUACACGAACUAGCAGUACUCGGUAUGGAUUAUCCUUAGGAUCUCAUCUUCCUACAUCAUCUUCCUCAGUAACCAGUUCUCUGACAUCGUCACCGUCAUCACCAUCAUCAACUUCAUCAGAUGCAUCCUCGAUUACCUCCUCUUCUUUAUCAUCAUCUUCAGCAUCUUCUGCUUCCACAUCAGUUCUACAUUCAUUUCGAUUCCCUGAACGAGUGAAUUCAUUAACAUUAUCAAACGAUGACCCUAAAGAACUUCUGUGUUCAUCACAAAUUCAAAUUCAUAUCGAUUCAAUAUACAAUGUUAAAUUAGAGAAAUUAGGUGAAAACAUUGCUACGUGCUUGCAAAGGUUAGAAUCAUUUCAAACAAGUAUGAACUUGAUUAUCCAGUGGAAUAAGCCUAUAAUAAAAACAUUUUCAAUUGAUGUUGAACAUUCACAAAAGCUUAAUGAAGCAAACCUUGUAACAUUUACUAUUCAAAUUGAGAAAAUGGAAAUGGGAAUAAGUAUGACACAACUAACGCCUAUGUACAAAAUAUUUAGUCCAUUUGGUGAGAUCAUGGGAAUAUGCUUUGGAACAUUAAGUUUACUGAUUCCAAUCUGCUUAACAGUGGAUUACUACAUGAAAAGUCUAUUCCAUAGGAUCAAUACUAAGAGUUCCAGGAUUUUCUUCAAGACAUUAAAUGAAAUUUCACAUUUUCAAGAUUGUGUAAUGAAAUAUCUCUAUGUUCCAGAAUACCUACAAUUCAGCAUUUUGUCUUUCAUUGGUGCAAAUACUACUGACACAGUUGUUUUACACAAAGUAGUAUGA